CGUCACAAACCCGGAUGUUUUGCUCUACAAUGGUUUCCUCGAGCUUCUUGUGGAAAUAACGGAGACUUUUAAACACGCUUUUAACAAAAUGACGUUUUAAACUUCAACAAGUCACGUCUGAAUUAACGACAAAAUAUUUAUAUAUGUAUAUAUUUUUAUUUGAGUUCAUCCAUUCAAACACACAUGAAGUUUAAGACAGAUGUUUUGCUGUGAAGCAUGAACGGGAAGUCUUAUUUUUCCUCGUUUCUGAUAAAGAAGUGACUCACGUGUGGUCUUCAAGGAUGCUACGGGAAUUGUAUCCCUUCGUGGAGGACAGUUUUAGUCGGUUCCCCUCUCAGAGUAACAUUUAUGGGCUCUGUCAGGCCGGGCAGCAGGAGCUGUUAGCGGCCACUCUCAAAGGAAAGGUGGUGUGUUUCAGGUACCAGGAGCUGCAGCACAAAAUCAGACCUGUGGCCAAGGAGGUGCAGUUCACCUACAUACCAGUUGAUGCAGAGAUUGUUUCAAUCGAUGCCUUCAAUAAGUCUCCGCCCAACAGAGGCCUGGUGGUGGGAAUCACAUUCGUAAAGGACUCUGGUGACAAAGCCACACCAUUCCUGAACAUCUACUGCGACUAUGAGCCGGGCUCAGAGUUCAACCUGGAGUCCAUUGCACAGAGCUGCCUCAACCUGGAGCUGCAGUUCACUCCCUUCCAGCUCUAUCACACAGAAGUGCAGUGUGACGACGGAGGCAGGGAGACAGUCUUUCUGCUCAGUGGACACGACCAGAGGAUCCACCUGUACAAGGAGAACGCCUCCCUACACCAGUUUGAAGAGCAGCCAGUGGAGAGACUCUUCCCUGAACUACAACAAUUACCCAGCAAUGUGCUGUGGCUGGAUGUGUUGAGUAUCGCUGGAGGCAGGCGACUCUCUGCGUUCGGCUGUCAGAACGGCUGCGUUGGACUGGCUCUGGUCGACCAGACGGGACCAGUGGUUUUGCAGAGCUGGAGGUUCCAGUUUGACAGUCCGAUCUCUGCGGUGCUGCUGUUCCCUCUGAGACGCCAAACUGAGCAGGGCCAGUCCAGCGGACAGAAAAAUGUGGAAACUGACAGCUACAACCUUCUAGUGACGAGUACUAUAGAGAUGGCUGUUGUCUACAGGGAUGUGGAAGGUCGAGGUUUGUCGAGCCCAGUGUGCCUCUCAGAGAGUGAUCAGUGGGAUGCUGUGCUCUGCGCUCUGGUCAUCGAUCUGGAUUUCGAUGGGCAGAAGGAGGUGCUGCUUGGAACAUAUGGGCAGGAACUUCUCUGUUAUAAAUUCCAGCCAGCGGGGAGCGGAGGAGACGGACAGUUUCAGCUGCAGUGGAGGCGGAGCUUCAAGAGUCCUCUGUUGUCCAUCAUCUACUUAGACCUGACAGGGGACGGAGUGAGGGAGCUGGCUGUACUCACACUGAAGGGGCUGCAUAUCUUACAGCACUCUCUCACCAGUAUGGCUGAUUUGGUCCUGGAGCGGCUCGCCUGCAGGGUGUCAGCGCUGACGGUCGGCUCUGAUGAGCAGAAAUCGGACAAAGCUCCAAACACGGAGGGGGACGCUGCACCUGAGACAGAGGAAUUUAAAGAUCAGACACCAUCUAAUUAAGGAAAGAGGUGCAUCAUGUUUACACAAGGAAGUCCCAGAGGGUCAGACUGAAGAGUUCACCUCAUUCACAGGCGUGAUGUGAGGGAUGUCUUCAGGAUGAACACGUUCAUUUAUUUGUGAUGAUGGACACUAGCUUUAACAGCAAACAUCAUACUCAACAACACCAACACCAACAAAAUCCUGUUUUGUUCUGAAUGAAGGUAAAAUAAACUGAAAAACUCAAAUGAAUCAUCAAGCUUUACAUUGUGUAGUGACAUUUGUAGAUAAUAAAUUAAACAUUUGGAUGUACACAAA